UGUGCCACCGAAAGCUCACUAUGGCUCUCGUCGGGGUUCUGUUGGCAGCCCUGGCAAUGGGCCUGCUGCUCUACAUGAUGCUCGUCGCAUUCUCCAGGCCUGACAACUUCCCGCCAGGGCCGCCCCCGAUGCCGAUAUGGGGCAACUACGUGCAGAUGCUGCUGGUCAACUACAAGCACCCGUACAAGAUGCUGGACCUGAUGACGCGCAUCUACAAGAGCAAAGUGAUCGGCUUCUUCCUUGGGGAAUCGCCUGCCAUCGUGGCCUGUGACUACCAGUCGGUGAAGGAGGUGCUCAGCAACCCGCACCUGCAGGGGCGCCCUGUCAACAUCGCUCUCAAGCACCGCAUGCUCAACAAGGAGCUCGGCAUCUUCUUCACGGAGGGCCCCCACUGGUUGGAGCAGAAGCGCUUCACGCUAAGGAACAUGCGGGACUUCGGGUUCGGCCGCCGCUCUGAGAGGCUGGAGGCGGAGAUCGCGGCGGAGCUGCGAGACCUGGUGGAGCUGAUCCGUGGAGGCCGCGAGGACCAGGUGGUGGUGCGGCCGUCGUCAGGAGCGCGUAGCGUGCUGCUGCCGGACGUCCUGUUGCCGGUCUUCGUGAACGCGCUGUUGUCGGUGUUCACGGGUGCGCGGUUGCCGCGCUCCGCAGAUGCUACGGUGCGCCGUCUGGGGCACGCAGCGCUGCAGUUCCAGAGGUCCAGCGAUGCCACAGGAGGCUUCCUCACACUGCAUCCCUGGCUUGCGUGGCUGGCACCGCGACUCUCCGGCUACAAGGACAAUAUCCAGGGCUCCGAGAAGAUGCGCCUUUUCCUGGAGCAACAUAUCGAAGAGCACAAGCAGACUUACUCCGAUGACUACAUGCGGGACUUCAUUGACUCCUACCUACGGGAAAUUGGGGAACGGGGGAAAACUGGAGAACCGACAACGUUUACCUCAGAGCAGCUGUCCCUAAUUCUGCUGGACUUCUUCUUCCCUGCGGCCUCCUCACUGCCAGCCACUCUGACGUGGGCCCUCCUCUUCACAUCUCGCCACCUGGGGGUGCAGGAGAAGGUACAGGAUGAGUUGGAUGCAGUCGUGGGCCGCGGGAGGCUCCCCACACUGGACGACCGACCCAACCUGCCCUACACAGAAGCAACACUGCGGGAGGCAAUGAGGAUCCGAACCCUCACUCCUCUCUCCGUCUUCCAUAAGGCCACGGAAGACACUACCCUCCAAGGUUACAGUGUGCCCAGAGGUGCCAUUGUGAUAACAUGCUUAUAUAGCAUGCACAUGGAUGGAGAUCUAUGGGGUGACCCAAACACCUUCAGACCUGAGAGGUUUUUAGACAGUGAUGGAAAACUCAUCAAGAAAGACUUUACUCUGCCAUUUGGAGCCGGUAAGCGGCUGUGUGCUGGAGAGACUUUUUCGAGGCAGAACCUGUUCCUCACAUUCUCAACACUCCUGCAGAACUUUUCAAUCAAGUCAGACGGUGUGUCUCUGGCAGACAGCAGCAUUCCUGGUGUCAUCGAGACAGCUCCUACAUUCUGGGCACAGUUUGUGCCUCGCUAACAGGAUAUGUCGCUUUCUCAGGUGACUACUAUGAUUCCCAAGGAGAUACUCAGGAUUCUUCAGCAUCUACCCAUGCAGCAGAACACACACAUCUCGAUUGCUUUCUUUAUGUACUGGAUACAGACACUUAGACCAUGUGUGUUGGUGCUGAAGAAAAUACUGCUGCCGAGGACAAAGUUAAUGCAAAAUUAAUACAAAAUUGUGCCAGUAAUUUCUCGAACACUGCCAGGUCAACAGUUUUUAUGGAUUUGUUUAGCAUUAUUAGUGAAUAAAACAAUUUUGACAGGACAAACUGUGCAAAUCAGCAUGAGACAGUUUUCAUCAAAAGACCAAAACUCCCAAAUUGGUGAAGAACUAUUUUAUGUGUGUUUCUAACAGUUGUAGACUUCCAGUAUUUGUGAAUAAAGAGUUGAAGCACCUAA